AUGUACCAGCUCCUCAUCUAUCUCAGCUGCUCCAUGCUGCUGGCGGCUGCUGUCACCGAGCUGCCUGAGGAGACAAUCACAACAGAUGCCUACUUUGAGUUUCCUGAAGAUUAUACAUUGUCCGAGCUGGAAGAGCCGAGUGCUCAGGAGUCGGAUUUGAUGAUGGCGCAUAAAAUCAACUGGAGCGUCUACGAUACGGGCUUCGGUAGGCAAGCGCGAGAAGUGCAUCAGCCGGAGCGGCUGCCUGACCCUGCUACGCACUCAGCCACUGAAGUGGAGAGUCACGCGGAGAACGAGCAGUCAUCGCUUCCACGCGAUGGCAACGCAUGUCCCAGUAGCGCAGAGCGUGGUUUGACCAGACUCAUCCGUAAAGCUCGUCCCCUGUUGCCCGCUGAACGCUUGCGCAACAUUUUGGCCAAUGCCAGGGAGGACGCCGAGGUCCGUGAGCUGCUCAAGCUGCUGCGCAGCGAUCAGUUCAAGGAGCGUGUGACGCGUCUGCACAACACCAAGGAAAAGGGCGUUCUGCGGAAUUAUGUGUGCCAGACCCUGAAACUCAACCAUGCCUACUACUUGGAGCAUGUGCGCCUGCUAUUCAAUGCUCAGUCCUCAGAGCCUCCCAGCAGUCCUUUGCCCAAUCGCCGAACGGGCGUGCGCGGACUGUUGCAGGAUCUGCGCGAUGCACUGCCGCGCGCACAGCUCCGGGAGCUCUAUCGACGCCAAUUGGCGUCCGAUAAGGAUCUGUCCGAAGCAGUGCGUCGCAUACGCGGCACCGAGUUCCGGCGUCUGCUCAGCAACGUGCGCGACCUGCCAGAGUAUCGUGCGGUGCGGGAUGAUCUGCAAAAGGCCGGCGUGCCAUUGCAGCAGGUGCUCAAUCUGGUAACCACUUCCCUGGGCUCGGCUACUCUGGAUUUGGGCAGUGAGACGGAAAUCUUAAGUGGCUGA